AUGUCUGUGAAGGUGAUCGAUGGCAGUGUUUUAGAAGGCGGUGGCCAAAUCUUACGAUUGUCGGUAGCAUUUUCAUGUCUUUUGGAGCAACCUAUACUAAUUAACAAAAUAAGAGCAGGCCGAUCUAAUCCUGGUUUGAAACCUCAACAUUUGGCUGGAAUUCAAUUAGCUAAGCAGAUGUGCAAUGCAGUUACAAAUGGAGACCGUCAAAACUCUUGUGAAUUGACAUUCCAACCAAAUACAUUAAAAUUGGGAAAUUUCAAUUUGAAUGUCAAUUCCCAAACUGCUGCGAGUAUUCCUUUGAUGAUACAGUCUGCGUUGCCUGUAGCAAUAUUUAGUAACCAUAAUUCCAGCAUAACUAUGAAAGGAGGAACUGAUGUCAGCUUUGCCCCUUCAAUGGAUUAUGUCAAAAAUGUUUUAUUUCCUAUUUACAAGCUAUUUGGUGUUCAUUGUGAAGCACUUAUAAACAAACGAGGAUUUUACCCUAAAGGACGUGGAGAAGUAGUAUUGACAGUAAAUCCUGUUACUGAAUAUUUAAAACCUGUAGAAAUUAUUAACUUUGGAGGUCAACCGGCUAUUAAAGGAUUUGUAUUUAUAUCUGGACCAAAACAUCAAAACAACAAACAUAACCAAAUAGUUCAAGAUAUAUCAACAGCUGUCAAAAACAAAUUAAACCUGUCCGGUUAUCAUAAAAUUACAAUUGAAACUGAAGUUGGAGAUUCAGAUGGAUCUGGUGGAAGUUUAGUGCUAGUUGCCGAUACUGGAACCUGCUUGAUUGGUUCAUCUGCCCUUUAUGAUAUGAGAAAAUCAACUAUAAACAGUCUCACUGAUGAAGCUUGUGACAAACUUUUAUUAGAUUUGGAAGUAAAAUCGUGUAUUGACCCUAAUGCUUUGGAUAAUCUCAUUAUUUUUAUGGCACUUGCAAAUGGAAAAUCAAAAGUGAAAUGCCGAGAAAUCACCCUGCACACUAAGACUGCAAUUUAUAUUGCUGAGCAAUUUACUGAUGCUAAAUUUAGUAUCAAACAAAUGGAAGAUGGUUUAAAUGAAAUCAUCUGUGAAGGCAUUGGAUUAAAAACUGUCUAG